AUGUCUGCAAAAGAUUCAAUAAUGAUAGAAUUAGAUCAGGAUAUCUAUUAAAAUCUCAGUAAUCCUUAAAAAUGCGUUUGCUAUUCUGAAAAGAUUUACAAUGAUGAAGAGUUUUUAAAGCUAAACUGCAGUGUCACUGAGUAAGACAUGUCCUUAGAUUUAUCAGAAAAUGAGCAUAUGGGUGUCACACACUUUGGAGAUAAUAAAAUUAAAACAAUUGACCUUUAUCGAGCCUAAAGGAUAGAUUAAAGUAAUGCUCAAAACAAUGAUUUAUAUAAUGAGAGCAUAUAAGUUGCUUAAGCUUUGAGAGAAUUAUAAGGAUCUCAAACUCAAACUUAAACUAACUCUUUACAAUCUUAAAUCACUUCAAUUUCAAGCUAUGUGGUUAGCAAUACCUUUUCUAGCUAUACUUUAAGUUUCUGGCCGAAGGAUGUGCUAUCAAGCAAUCACAAUGUUGAAAUAGGAUUUCCAAUCGAGUUAUAGUUAUCAGCUCUACUUAUAUAAAGCCAUUAAGUAUCAAUUUUUAUAGAUAGUGUUGAAAAGGUAUAAUCUUAAUGCGCUAUUAGUAAUGCAUAUGAUCAAUUGACCAUUACUUGCAAGAAUUCUUUUUCUUCAUCUUUUACCAAUAAACUAGGAGGAGAGGUAAAGAUAAUGGUCAAAUAUCUUAAAAAUCCUGGUACUCUUAAUAAAACUAGCUCAAUUAUCGUAUCAAUACUUGAUUUGAAUGGUAAAAUUAUAGAGUAAGCAUCUAAAGCUCUAAAUGUUUAAAUGAGAUUUUUAAAGGAACCAACUUCUCAAUCACUUUAAAUCUAGCCCAAUAGCCUUGUUAAUGGAGAUGUUACAACUUACAAAAUUUCAUUCGAAUCUCAAUUUCUACUUCUUGAUGGAGAUUUCCUUUCAUUCUAUGUGCCUAAAGAAAUUACAUUCCCUAAUGACAUGAAAUGCAUUUCUAGCACAGAAAAAAUGUUUACUCUGAAAUGUAUUAUGACGAAGGAUAGUAAAGGAGUUAAAAUAGAAUCAUACUUUUAGAUACCCUAAAAGAGUAUUGAUAUUGGAAAAAAUAUAAGUAUUGAAUUUGGUAAUAUUUUGAAUCCAUGGAGUACUAAGCCUACAUCUAACUUUUAACAAGUAACACUUUACAACAAAGUUAGAGACUUAAUCUUUGAGUUUAAAAAUAGUACUAAUAUUUCAACUAAAGACCCUGGAAAUGUUACAAAUGCAAAUUUGACAAACGGAGAGAUUAAUUAAGACUUUGAGACUACAUACGUAAUUGAUUUUUAAAACAAGAACAAAAUGGAAGCCAAUUUCACAUUCCAGGUAACUUAUCCAGAAAAUAUGAUUAUUGAAAAAAAUUUAAUAGAUUGUAAAGUCUUGGUGAAUGGAAUCACUUAUAUCUAUCAAUGUACAGUUAAUUAAGAAAAUAAUAUAAUUUCUCUCACACCAGAGAUUUCAGUACCAGCUAUUGUUUCUCGCUAAAACUUGUCGAUAAUUUUUGGAAAAAUUGUAAUUCCUAUAAAUGAUUAUUCAGAUUCAGAUUAUGGAUUUGGUUUGCAUAGUUAUUCUGAUUCCUUAUUCUAAUAUGAAGUUGAUUAAAUUGAUAAAAACCUUUUAAAUUUAUCAGAUAGAUGCAUUAUGCCUUGUAAAAGUUGUCUUCCUAAUAAUUAGAGCUUUUGCCUUUCUUGCUACACAGAUAAUCCUGAUAUUUAGCAGUAGCAUUUUUAUAAGAAUUAAUGUCUGAAUUAAUGCCCUUCUGGAUUAGUCCCAGGAGAAAAUCUUGAAUGUAAAGAAUGUGACUAUAGAUGCGAGUAAUGUUCACUUGUUGGAGAUUGUUUGAAGUGUAAAUCAAACUAUCCUUUUUAUCUUGAAUCGAAUGAUACCUGUUUAGACUAAUGUCCUGAGACCUAUUACAUAGAUUAAUAGAACUUUUGCAAUUAAUGUCUUGAUGAUGAAAUCCUUCUCCCUACUGGUAAAUGUGAAAAAAAGCCGAAAGAGUCAUAAAGUAAUUUGUAGUAUCUAUUUUUCUUGAUUACUUUGGCUUAAAUAGUUUCAGCAAGUGUUCUAGCUUGUAAAAAGAAGAAAUACCCUUUGAUGAUGCUGACUUAUAGUAUCUCAGCAGUUUGGGGUAUCAUUGAAAUCAUUUCUUAUCUAGCUUUAAUAAUAACACAUUACACAAUGUUUGAAUCUAAUGAUCUGAGCUAAAAUCUUUAAAUUUCUGAUGAUUCAGUAAUAGAUAAGUUGACUUUAUCUCUGUACAUAGCAGCUUUAGUUUUAUUAUUCACAACUAAUAUGUGGUUUUACAUAGUAUACCUUGAUUACAUUAAAGUAGAUGUGAUCUUUGAUAGCAUAAAAAAUAAAUUUCCCAAGACUUUAAAAAUGAUUUGCUUAGUCUCAAGCGCUCUAACUUUCAAGUUUUCAACUAUUUAUUAUUCUUUCUUAUCAAAUUCAGAGAAAUUCUAAAUUCAAUUUGAAUCUUAGAAAAUUCUUGAUUAUCAUUACAAGAUGCUUGGCUUAAACUUGAUAACGGUAGGUUUUAUGCUUGUUUCAAGCAUCCUAAACUUAGUUUAUUACUAUGAACUUGAGUAUUUAUGGGUUAUCUCAAUAGUUAAUCUGCUACUUUGCAUAAGUAUUUUAAUUCUACAGAUGAUAAUUCUCUUCUCUAUCGACAAAAAAGAAACUUUUAAUAAAAAAAUCCUUAACGAUACAUUCAAUUCCCCAGAUAAAAAAAUAAAAGAUGAGGAAAAACAAGGAAUGAGAGAUUCAGUUGGAAAAUUAAUUAGGCUAGAGAACAAAUAGCAUAAUUAAAACAAUCAAAUUCCUUAAGUUUUUGGAGUCGAUGACACUCCACAAGAUCCAUAAAAUAAUGUUGGCUAGGAAAGCGAGGAUUAAAUAAGAUUAAGAAAAUUACCAAAAAUAUAGGAUGAUUCGGUGUUGGAUGAAUAUAAAAAAGAGAAACAAAAUGAAUAAGUAAAUCCUGCUCAGAUUAAUAUUUAGAUUGAUUUAAAUAUAAAUGGAUAAUCUGCUUAAAUUAAGAAAUACUGA